AUAAAUACAAUUUUAUUUUUUGGGUUCCGGCUUUGGUCUCGUUCUCUUUCUGCCUGCUCGUUCGACCUCUCUCUCUAGCCCUCUUUCUCUAAAAUCUCAGAGCUUCCAUUGGCCAGUGGCGGGGCUGUGGUCGUCGAUUCUAUUACAGUGAGUGGAGUUGAAGUUGUGGGGGAAGGAGUUUCAGAGUGGGAAAUGGCUGGGACUGCGAAUGAGGAGUCUGGAGUGGGAAGGUCCAUGGAGGGAAUUUCAAGUGCGCAGCGUUCCCAAUCUGGGGAAGCAUUGGCGGAAUGGCGGUCUUCCGAUCAAGUUGAAAAUGGAACCCCAUCGACUUCGCCUCCUUACUGGGACACUGAUGAUGAUGAUGAUGGAGGGCCAAAACCUUCUGAUUUAUAUGGAAAAUAUACGUGGAAGAUUGAGAAAUUUUCACAGAUUAACAAAAGAGAACUUCGUAGUAAUCAGUUUGAGGUUGGCGGAUACAAAUGGUACAUUUUAAUUUAUCCCCAGGGUUGCGAUGUCUGCAAUCAUCUUUCUUUGUUUCUCUGUGUUGCUAAUCACGACAAGCUUCUUCCAGGCUGGAGCCAUUUUGCACAGUUUACUAUAGCUGUUGUGAAUAAAGAUCCAAAGAAAUCAAAAUAUUCUGAUACAUUACAUCGAUUUUGGAAGAAAGAGCAUGACUGGGGGUGGAAAAAAUUCAUGGAGCUGUCAAAAGUGUUAGAUGGGUUUAUUGAUGCCGACACUCUUAUAAUAAAAGCUCAAGUUCAAGUCAUCAGGGAGAAAGCAGACAGGCCUUUUCGUUGCCUUGAUUGUCAGUAUAGGAGGGAACUUGUUAGGGUAUAUUUGACGAAUGUGGAGCAGAUUUGCCGGCGAUUUGUAGAAGAGAGAAGAAGCAAGCUUGGGAAAUUGAUAGAUGAUAAAGCCAGGUGGUCAAGUUUCCGUGCUUUUUGGGUUGGAAUAGACCAAAAUGCUAGGCGUCGUAUGUCCAGGGAGAAGACGGAUGUGAUUCUAAAAGUAGUUGUGAAGCACUUCUUCAUAGAAAAGGAAGUCACAUCUACUUUGGUAAUGGAUUCCUUGUAUAGUGGAUUAAAGGCGCUUGAAGGUCAGACUAUGUGUAAGAAAGGGAGGUUGAAAUUGUUGGAGGCUGAAGAAAUGCCAGCCCCCAUUGUUCGUGUGGAAAAAGAUAUGUUUGUAUUAGUUGAUGAUGUCUUAUCGUUACUUGAGAGGGCAGCCAUGGAUCUAUUGCCUCCAAAAGAUGAGAAGGGUCCUCAGAAUCGCACAAAGGAUGGAAACUCUGGAGAGGACUUCAACAAAGAUUCUAUUGAGCGUGAUGAAAGGCGUCUUACAGAAUUGGGUCGCAGAACUGUGGAGAUAUUUGUCCUUGCCCAUAUUUUCAGCAAUAAAAUUGAGGUUGCCUACCAGGAAGCUGUUGCUUUGAAGAGGCAAGAGGAGCUCAUCCGCGAAGAGGAGGCAGCUUGGCUUGUUGAAAGUGAGCAGAAGGCAAAACGUGGAGCAACUGAAAAGGAAAAGAAAUCAAAGAAAAGCAAGGCCAAACAAAAACGAAAUAAUCGGAAAGGGAAGGAAAAAGGGAGGGAGGAAAGGCCUGCUGUGGUGGUACAAGACAAGCACCAACUGGAAAACCCCAAUGAAGAAAAACAAGACAGCAUUAUGGAGGAGGUUCAACCUGUAGUUGAAAAGCCUGAUAUACUGGAAGAUGUUUCUGAUGCAUCUGAUUCAAUAGAUGGCGUUCCUGAAGUUCUUCAGCCUGAUUCAGAAGACCGGGAUACCGACACAUCAGAAGUUCAUCAUCCAAUGGAAGUCGGUAGUAGUGGAAUUGUCUCCCUGUUGUCUGUGCAAAAUGGUGCUGCUGAAAGAAAAAGCCAUUCAGUAUUGGAUGAUAGUUCUUCGACAGGUUCUGCAGAAUCUAUACCAUCAUUGGUAAUGAAUGGGCCAUAUAAGGGGAACUCCUUAACCAACUAUAAAAACCAAAUAUCACGGAGCAGGGGAAAGACUCAACGAGGUAAGGUAACCUGUGAUGGGAGUAGUUGGGCAAAUGAGAUGGAUAAUCAGUCUUCUGGGCCUGCGGAGGAGGCAGGGGAUCUAAGUGAUUUAUCUGGUAGUUGUAAGGCUGCCGAAUCUGAGUCAGAGUCUGUUCUAUCUGUGCCGGACCGGAUAAAGUGGCCUGAGCAGAAAGUGGUUAAGAAGGAAGAAGAAGUUGGCUUGCUGCAGAAGAAAUCGAGCAUGAAAGAACAGAUUGAUGUGGAAAGACCCUCUAAAGAUAGGACAUCAGCAGUACCAUCCUCUCCUAGAAACCUACCCGUGAAUCCCACUUCCACUGUUCGAUCUCGUAGUAGUGCUAUUGUGGAUCCUGUCCUUCUUGGGAAAGCUUCUUCAAAUGUCACCCAACAGACUGAUAAAGCUGCGCCUUCAAUUACUUCAUCGCCAUUUACUGGUGUGCCCAAACAUGAGAUCCAGAAGGCUGCAAGUCCAAAACCGACUGAGAAAGCUGUGGCACAGCAAUUACCUGUGAUUUCAAGGCCCUCCAGUGCUCCUCUAGUUCCUGGUCCCAGGCCGACUGCUCCUGUUGUUUCCAUGGUUCAAACAGCCCCUCUGCUUGCCCGUUCAGUGAGUGCGGCUGGCCGGUUAGGUCCUGAACCCUCACCAGCAACGCAUGGUUAUGUUCCCCAGUCCUAUAGAAAUGCCAUAGUGGGUAACCCUGUUGCCUCAAGUACAGGUGGUUUUACUCAUCCUAACUCUCAAAGCUCGGGGUUGAGCCAAUCCUCAGCAUUCUCUCAAUCAGCUACCUUGGUAUCUGCACCAAUGUUUUUAUCCCAGAGUUCUGAGCGGAUUGACCCAACCACUGUCAAAACAGGUAUUCCUUAUGGCAUGGUAAUGCGGGACGUUUUGCAGAAUGGAUCCCACUGGAUUGGAACUUCUCAUAGGGAAACCAGCAGAAACGUGCACUAUGAUCCUUCUUCCCUGCUUAAUGACGUUCAAAACCUUGGCUUGUAUAGGACAGGGCACGGUGAAUCGUGGGAACAAUUAUCCUCCAAGUUCCCAGCCAGUAUAUCUGGCCGGCAGAAUCAAGGCGUGUUGGGAGAGGAGUUCCCGCACCUGGAUAUCAUCAAUGACCUGCUUGAUGAUGAACAUAGUGUUGGGAAGGCAUCAAGGGCAAGCACAGUUUCUCAGACUCUCAGCAAUGGGCCGCAGCUAUUAAAUAGGCAGUUUUCUUUUCCUGGUGAUAUGGGCAUGUCGGCUGACGUGGGGUCUUCAUCUAGCCCUUGCAGGUUUGAGCGAACACGGAGUUACCAUGAGGAUGGGUUUCAACCACAUUAUCACUCUGGUGGCAGCCAUUAUGACUCGACCAGGGAUUUCAUUCCACAAGCUAGUGCGUUACCUUAUGUAAAUGGGCAAGUAGAUGGGUUAAUUCCGAACCAGUGGCAGCUUGCUGGUUCUGAUUUAUCUGUACUUGGCAUGAGGAACAUGGAGGGCGAUGGUUACCCUCAUUAUAAUCCAGAUUAUUCAAAUCUGGCUUGUGGUGUCAAUGGAUAUACAGUUUUUCGGCCUUCAAAUGGGCACUGAAAGGGAAGUAUGACGGAGUCUGCCCGCAAAUUAGUGGGUUCCUGCCCGUUGUAAUAAUGUAUUUGAGGAAAUUGUUGGUCUUAGAUUUCGAGUGAUGAGGUUAUAAUCCUUUGACAAGAAAACAUUUUGUAAAGAUUGUCCACCUUCUUUGCUUCCAGCUCAGAAGUAGUUAAAAAAUGAGGCUUUUUAUA